CUCACUUCUCUUCCUCCAGUGAACCGCCGACUGUCGCGAGAAAUUAACGUGUGUAUAAUAAACUACAUCUAAGAAACUAACAAACUUAUUGGUGAUUCAUUAAAAAGUGUCUCUUUCAACUUUUACUUUCUUAAAACUAACUUUUCGAACGAAAAGUUGGCUUUUGAUCGAACAGUGCUUCUCAAGUUACUAUACCGGACAAGUGUUUUAAAAUUUGUGCUUUACAGGAUUUGUUGCGUGCUUUUAACGGAUCGACCGAUUCGUGAGGCGGAAUCCAGUUUGAUCGAUCAAAAGUCAAGCUGAUCAAAUAUAAAGAAAGAUAUUCAACAAUGACAUAGGAGCCCAACGUCCCUUACCAAAAUGGCGUUGCGACUCAAGAAGGACAUAAAGAAAGCUUCGUACUACGUGUGGUUCCUGGGUGCGCAGGAGUCGCGUGGCCUGAGAGGGGAAGAGUUCGCUCUGCCCGCCAUACGAUUGCUGGAGGAGAGAGCCAGAGACUUGGAACCUUUUAAGGUUACGCUACAGGUAUCCCACAAAGGUCUCAAGAUCAUCCAGAAUGUGACGUCGAAGGGCAAGCAGCAAACGAUCAAGCACUUCAUUCCUCACGGCAGCAUCACCAGCGCUGUAGUGCAAGGUGAUGUUGUCGCGUGCGUCCUCCUGCUCUACAACCCGAUCACUGGCUGCCCUGUCCACGUACAUGCUUACAGAUGUGACUCAGACAACACCGCGGAGAUGCUGUACACGCAUCUGCAAGCGCUGAUCGAUCGCCCAGAAAACCAGAAGAAGUUCGCCGACAUAGAGCGAAAACUGCAGAUGAGAGGAGCUCUCCCAUCCAAGAAACCCCCAGAUUCCUCCCUAGGGAGUGAAGUAUCCCGAGAAUCUGACUCAGGAAGCAAUGAGGACAGAAAUGUUGCCAAUCUUUACGAUAGCUUGGCUGCAGAGUUGAAACAAAAGUUGUCUACAGGUAAAAAGGGUCUAGGCAAAAGUCCAAUCCUUCUACCACCGCGCGACUAUGACACUGUGCACCGCCAGAAGGGAAACCUGAGCAACAUAGACACCAGACGCUGCCUCAACCAGAACAUCGUAGGAAUCAACGCGCGACGCAAGCUGGAGUCUUCAGGAGGAAGCUCUGGUAUUGGAAGCGAUCUAGCGCCGUCACCAGAACGGAACGAAUACCCAAGACAUGAUAAUCAUAGUACAAGUGAGGAAGACUGGGCCGAAAGCACCGCUUACUUGAUGCACGAAGCCUUCGACGCGUCACCGCCACGUCGCGCUCCGUCCCCCCGCCGCCUGUCACCCCCGCGCCGCACCUCACCCCCUCGCCGUACGUCACCCCCUCGCCGCACCCUCUCGCCCCGCAACUUCGAUAGGACUCCCUACAACGAUGACUACAAUGACCAGUACCGAGACCAACUUGCACCAUUCCGUGAAGCCACCUUUGAACGGCGCUUCCGUCACGAAUCCCUGGAGCGUCCGAAGGAUAAGUUUGUAAGCUCUGUGGAUAAAACUGAUAAGUUCGAUGAUGAUACCCCGAGCUAUAGGCGAAGAUACGUGGCUGAAACAAAACCAUCGAAUCGAAGCAUAGACCGGGUCGAAGACCGAAGGUACGGUAAGCUCCAGAGAGGAGCCAGUGAAGGCAGUCUUAAGAUCGCCGACACUUCGCCUAAAGAACGAUUUAACGUUGCCAAGGAAAAGUUUAUGAACUUAGAACGGGAGCGAUUCAACCGGGAACUUGAGGCUCACAUGGCCAUCAGAAGAAGUAUGCUGGAAAGAAACAGUCGUUCGACUUCUUCCCCGGAGGAGGAAAGAAGAGAUGAGCGUCCUGAACGUCAAAGAGAAUUGGGCUCUCGUCGAGAAACUGACCGUUCUCAUAGGGACCUGGAACGUUCUCACAGGGACCCAGACCGACGCAAAGAAGAUAGAAUACGCGAUAUAGGCGCUCCAGAUUUAGGGCACCGGGAAAUAGAAAGACUUCCAAGAGUAGGUCGAAAGCGCGAAGAUUUAAAGAGAUACGAAUACGGCACAGAAGAAUACCUGAACAGAGUUGAGCCAAAGGCGCAUAGGGAGGAGUUCGAUCGCUACAGAGAGAGAAGAGAGCUAGAUCGUCGCAUUGAAGAAGAUGAAAUUAUUGAGCCAGUAAUAGACGAUAGGAGAAGGAACUGGAACGAUAGACAAAAGGCAUUCAGCCGUUCUCGUUUGUUAGAUGAACAACGGCAGUCAUACGUUGAGGGCGAUAGGGAUAGGUAUUUCGAAAGGGAUUAUAGAGAUUUCAGUGACCUGGCCGAAAGGCAACCGGCGAAAUUCCGGCACAGUUACGCCGAACCGAUACCUAGGGGUCGCCUUGGUACUGUAAGGCCUUAUUAAAAUGCCAUAGUAGAUUUUUAGAUUCUUCACCUGUUUAGACUACGGACUCAUAAAUUAUAAUGCCUUUGGUUUGUUUAAUCAUUACUAUUACCUAUCAUUGGGUAUCUUGCAGUAUCUUGUGUCCACUCUUUUUUUCAUUUGGAAAUGAACUUUCAACCUGAUCGAUCUAUACACAGAAAACGAGUAAGUAAAUGAAUUACGCGGUUGUAGCUUGUAAUAUAUUUUGUGAGUUCGAAACUGACGAUGAUUACUAGUUGUAGUCAAAAAUCGUUGCCUAUUGGUAUAAAUAUACUUACUAACAUAAUAUUUCGUUGUCCUUUUUUGUAUAUAUCGCAAUGUACCUAUUAUAAACCAACGAAACUGUUAUAGAAAAGAUUACGGAUUUUAUUAAGAGACAAUAUAAAUGUAAAUAACAAAACUACAAUAAACAAACAAAGUUAAGUAAGUACCUUAUCAUUUUAGUUUUAUCUAAGUAUAUCAUGUUUCAGUAUACAAUAUACAGAAAACUAUGAUGUGUUCUUAGUAAGUAUAUAACAUAGAUUCUUAACUAGUCGUAUUUAGAAUCUGUGAAAGAAUAUUAAUUUGCAACAUAAACAUUACGUAAAGCUAUCUAGGUUUCCUUGAAAGACUUUGUUCUGUUUUAGUGAAACAUGUUACUUUCAAGUUGGUAUAGUAAAUAAAAGUUGUACGAAUUAUAAAGAUCUUAUAUAAUUUAAAUGCUAAGAUCGUUGCGUUUUCUCUUCAUAUAAAAUUCUUUGAAUUGGUAAUAGAUAGAAAUGUAAUGCAAUUUAUAAACAUAGAAUCACGCCAUAUGAACAACAAUGUACUCUAUUCCAUGUGAUUGUAAAAGAGACGUGAGACUUAUAAGAGAAAAACAUUUACGAUUAGAUAUAUUAUAAUAUACUUAGAUAAAUACUCACUAAGCGUCACAGAAAUAUAUUUGUAAAUAUAAAUUAUAUAGCAUUUUCUUACGUGUAACCAUCAUAACAUAGUAACUAUAUAAAAAUUAUAGUAUAGAAUUUAUAUUUUUAAUAGGUAUCAACCCAUUUCAGAAAAUCUUAUAUUAUUUUACUUGGGUCGCUAUUACGCUCAUAAAGGUUUAUUUGCCAACUUAGUUUAUAUUUUAUUUGAAAAUCUAAAUUUUAAUGUCGGCGCAAAUAACUUUUUUAAAAAGCGUGAAACUAUUCUUUUCUCGUCUUCUUUUAAGAUGUCAGGUUAAAAAGAAAAACUCUAGUGUUCAAGUGAAAUGAAUCCAAGUAGGUAUUGGACGCCUAGUCCAAAUCCAAAAACUAUUUCAAUCUGUGUCUUGGAGAACAUUAAAUGUAUCGUGGCGCACGGCAGUGCGCCUAGGCCAAGUUCCGUAAAAAUUUUACAGGAUACUCCUAAAAGUAUGGUUGAUUAAAACAAUAUAUAUAACGCAAUUUUUUUGCAAUAAUUAUACCUAAUAGCAGCCCAUAAAUUGACUGAGUCUAUUGGUUUCUACCACAAAGGUGGAAACAAAUUAUCUGACGCGGCUGAUUGCCGCAAGUUAUAGGUAUCUGGAUAAUUAAAUUAAAUACCUAAUGAAUAAAUAAAUAAUCUUUUAUUUCAGACUAAAUUGCGUAUAAUAAUAAUUAUUGAUAGAUAUCUCGCAAGCCGCGUUCCAAACAACUGCACACGGCCUAUCUGUCGCGGCUGUCAACCGCGGCUUAUGAACACAUCCCAUAGUUUAUUUCCGCCUUUAUGACUCUGAAAAUGUUUAAUAAGCAUACAUUAUUGUCAUCGCCGUGCAAAAAUCGCAAGUUUCGUAUAAAAUUAAAAAAGGUGUGUCUACCUAAUAAAUGUUAAACUAAUUAAUAUGUUGUCCGCCAGUGACUAGUAAAAGUACCUCAACUCCGUCCCGUAGCGUUUUGACAAUGUAUCUGUGAAAUGUUAAUAAAUGUUUAUUAAU